UCAUUUAAUUUUAGUCGGAUCACGGGCUCCUUGAACAUUAUCAUACCAUUUCAAAUGAUUUUUUGUUGAGGUCCCUUCGCAUCGCAUUGAUCCGGACAAUUCGCUAAUAAUAAAGCUCGAAUAUCGAGGUCCCUUUCUCAUGGCAUUCGGCUUAACCAGUUAACCCCUGAAGCUGAAGAGGCAUCUCCGGAUUUGAUGCUGCGUUUGAGGGGCCGGCGUUAUAUCCCAUCUUAGUAUCGUACUCUAUCAACUUGGUCUUGCUACUCAUGUAAAUGAUUGAUUCAACACUCGACUUUCGUCGGAGGCAUCCAUGAUAUGAUAACCAUCAUCGCAGUAGAGAAUACAGUGAGUGGGUGAAUUUGUUGACGUACACUUGCCGCCUUUCCUGCUUCAGUCUGCAAUUCCGCAUUGAUGAUCUGGCCUGUGAACGUUUAAGCUUGAGUUUUUCAUGGAUUGUUAUGGGGUUUUGGAGAUGAAAAAUAGCCGGAACAGUUGAGGACUUCAUACUUGAAAGAUACAUUUUUUACUCUGUUGGGAUACUUCUGCCAUGUCUCUCUCUCUCUACCCUGACUCCUGAACUCACAGGAAGAAGAAGAAGAAAAAGAAAAAGAAAAAGAAAAAGAAGAAGAAGAAGAAGAGAAAAAGAGUGGGAAAAAAAGAAUCGAAGGUAGGUUUUACAGUUAACAUUUAAUUCCGCGUCAUCGUUUCUGUCGACAAAACCGAAGUUGUUCUCUCUUACAAAUAUGCCUUCCUCUCAUUUUAGUACUUAGUCUGCUGCUUCUCCUGCUCCUUCUCCUUCUCCUUCUCCUUCUCCGUUUCCUCUUGUGUUCCAAGUUAAUGGCUCCGAUCAAUAUCAAGCAAUCUCCUACUUCUGCCGCUCAAACCGUAGCGAGCUCCCAAGACGCUCGGCUUCUCGUCCGAGAAACUCUUCGCAUAAGCGCCCACCUUGCUUCCGCUCCCUCUUCUACAUCCGCAACUUCUCCUUCGUCCUUGGUUGCUGCCAACAGCUGUGGCCUCAGGGCAGAUUCGAGCUUCGGGGUUCUUGAACAGGACUUCAACAAUUCGAGCUCGAGAAUCAUUUGCAGUGAGGAGAUUGAUGGCAGGCGCUGGCAAUAUGUGGCCGAUAGGGAUGGUUCCGGACGCUUCAAGAGGGGCUCCAUUCGCGCUGUUAGUGUCCAGACUCCUCAGGCUCCUAUUGAUGAACUUUUCUCAUUCGUAAGAUCUUAUGUAGCUCCUGAAGGUUUCCCUGAUAGUGUCACACCUUCAUAUGUACCGUACAUGACAUGGAGAGCUUUGAAGCAUUUUUUUGGUGGAGCAAUGGGUGUUUUCACAACACAAACACUUCUGAAUUCAGUUGGCGUGUCAAGGAAUAGAUCCACUCCAGGGGCUGUUGCUAUUAACUGGAUUCUCAAGGAUGGAGCAGGUCGUGUUGGUAAAAUGCUUUUCGCAUGGCAAGGAAAGAAAUUUGACUAUGAUCUGAAACAGCUUCGGUUUUCCGGUGAUCUUUUGAUGGAGUUGGGUGCCGGUGUAGAGUUGGCAACUGCUGCUGUGCCACACCUUUUUCUGCCAUUGGCAUGUGCUGCCAAUGUUGCCAAGAAUGUUGCUGCUGUAACAUCAACAUCAACUCGCACACCAAUUUACAAAGCUUUUGCCAAAGGUGAAAACAUUGGGGAUGUCACUGCUAAAGGAGAAUGCAUUGGAAAUAUUGCAGAUUUACUCGGAACUGGGCUGAGUAUCAUGAUUUCAAAAAGAAAUCCAUCCUUGGUGACUACAUUUGCACUCCUCUCAUUUGGCUAUGUUCUUAGCUCUUACCAGGAGGUAAAAUCUCUUGUUUUGCAUACUUUGAACCAGGGAAGGUUCACGGUGGCUGUGGAAUCGUUCCUUAAGACAGGAUGUGUGCCCACAUUGCAGGAGGGGAAUAUGAAGGAAAAUUUCUUCAGUUUGCCUUGGUCAAGAGAUAGGCCCAUUGUUUUAGGAACAAGGUUUAAGGACGCAUUUCAAGAACCUGGGUCUUUUCUUGACAUAGAACCUCUAUUCGAAAAAGAGAAGUACCUAGUCACAUACAAUCCUUCAAAGGGUAAUGUAUAUGCCUUGUUCAAGGAUCAAGCAAAGUCAGAGGACAUUCUAAAAGCUGCUUUCCAUGCUCAUGUGCUUCUGCAUUUCAUCCGUUCAUCAAAUGAGCGUCGAUCUUCUUCUUCAAAAUAUGGUGAAUAUGAUGGUCCAAAUUUUGUUGAAUCCCUGUCAACUCUUUCUCUUCUGCCCACUGCUGAUCUUGAGGCCCAAAUUGCUGAGUCUUGCAAAGUGGUGUCUAAUUCAUUUUCUCUCUUUAAGAGGAAAGCUGCAGAACAGGGAUGGGUCAUGUCAGAAUCACAUCUCAACCCUGGGCGUGCUCGACUAUAUUAACUACAGCGUCAGAGAGGAUAUCUUCAGUCUUGACUAUUGUGGCACAGUGUUCUCGGAAAUUUUACUGGCAGAAAGCAGAAUGAGAUUUAUUAGACCUAGGAAUUUCACAUAAUGCUGAAGGGACCAUGGGAACCAUGGUUUCUCUUGCGAAGUUGGAGUAUAGUUUCUUUCAUUGAUUCCUGAGUGCUUGUGAAGCCCCUAAUGGCUAUGCUCUGUGCUCUAUCUUGAUUUAUUCGGCUAAUUUUACACAAGAUGAAGACAAUGCAGUGUACAGAAAAUUUGUUUGGGGGAAACAACCUGUUUCCAUGAAGUUGUAAAGUGUUACGGUAUACACUUUAUGUGCCUCUUAAUACGUAAUUAAGUAUGUGCCUUUUGGUUUUUGUAAAUACAGGGUUACAAUUUUCUUGACUUCA